GUUUAGGUAAUAACUACCGCAUUACCACUCUUCAUCUUCACUCCACUCGUCUCUCUGUUCCAUGAAAUGAAAUGCUGCUUUCUCUUCACCUUCUUAGUCCUUCACCACCUCUUAGAAAACCCUAUUCUCCAGUUUUCCCAUUUCCACAAACCCUAAUUUUGCAAAACCGUAAAGUCCCUUCCAAAUCCUCCAUCACCAUCCACUGCUCCAACUCUAAAACUGUCCCCAGCUCCGCCAUUCAACGUAUUGCGGAUAAGCUCCGCUCUCUCGGCUUCGCUGAACAUAAUCCUGAGCCUCAUACCCGAAAUUCAGCCGAAACAAAACAACGUGAAGGUGAAAUCUUUAUCCCUUUACCCAAUGAAUUAUCCAAAUACCGGGUAGGACACACGCUAGACCCAAGCUGGAGCACCCCGGAGAACCCCGUGCCUAGACCGGGAUCCGGGAAUGCGAUACUGAGGUAUCACGAGUUGAGGAAGCAAGUGAAGAAAGAGAGAGAGGAUAAGAAAAGAGAGGCAAAAGUUCCGACUUUAGCGGAAUUGAGUUUGUCAGAGGAAGAGUUAAGGAGGUUGAGGAGAAUCGGGAUUGCGGAGAAGAGGAAAUUGAAGGUUGGAAAAGCCGGGAUUACAGAAGGGAUUGUGAAUGGGAUUCAUGAGAGAUGGAGGAGAAGUGAAGUUGUUAAGAUUGUUUGUGAGGAUUUGUGUAGAAUGAAUAUGAAAAGGACUCAUGACUUGUUGGAGAGAAAAACUGGGGGUUUGGUUGUCUGGAGGGCUGGGAGUAAAAUUGUACUGUAUAGAGGUGUCAAUUAUAUAUAUCCUUAUUUCUUAUCGGAUAAUACUACAGAAAAUGAUACUUCUAUUGAUGCUGUACAAGAUACACACAAGCACAAUGACAGUGAUAAAAUUAAGAGCUGCUCGUCUAGUGUGGAUGGUGUGAAGUUUUCUGGACCAAGUCCAACCAAUAAAGCAGUUAGGCCAGCUUUAAUACAAGGUGUUGGUUUACCGAAUAGAGUAAGAUUUCAACUUCCAGGUGAGGCACAACUUGCUGAAGAAGUUGACAGUUUGUUAGAAGGAUUAGGCCCGCGUUUUAGUGAUUGGUGGGGAUAUGAGCCACUCCCAGUUGAUGCUGAUCUUCUUCCUGCUAUUGUUCCUGGAUACCAGAAACCCUUCCGCCUUCUUCCAUACGGUAUCAAGCCUAUACUGACAAAUGAUGAAAUGACCACAUUAAAAAGGCUUGGGAGACCCUUGCCUUGCCAUUUUGUGUUAGGUAGAAAUAGGAAACUUCAAGGAUUGGCUGCUUCAAUAAUCAAGCUUUGGGAAAAAUGUGAGAUUGCUAAAAUUGCAGUUAAGAGAGGAGUGCAGAACACUAAUAGUGAGAUGAUGGCUGAAGAGUUAAAGCGGCUGACUGGUGGAACUCUACUUUCACGGGAUAGGGAAUUUAUUGUGUUGUAUAGGGGAAAGGAUUUCCUUCCAUCUGCAGUUUCUUCUGCAAUAAAAGAGCGAAGAAACCAUGUCUUUAAUGUGGCUAAAGAGAGGACAGACAAUAGCACAUCGGCUGAAACAGCAAAGGAAGCUGAGGAUGUUGAAGAUGGCACUAGUAAUUCUGGCUCUCAAGAUGAAUUUCACGGUAACAAUGAGCAGAGUUACGAUCUCUCUAAACAAAGGAAGCUGAGUUUCACUAAGGAAGCUAUUAAAAGAACCAGCAUUAGAUUGUCUAUGGCAUUGGAAAAAAAAGCAAAAGCAGUGAAACUUCUAGCAGAAAUAGAAAAUUCAGAGAUGUCUCAACAGCCAGAAAUAGAUAAGGAGGGUAUCACUGAUGAAGAAAGAUAUAUGCUAAGGAAGGUUGGCUUGAAAAUGAAGCCUUUCUUAUUAAUAGGUAGAAGGGGGGUGUUUGACGGAACAAUUGAAAACAUGCAUCUUCAUUGGAAGUAUAGGGAGCUUGUUAAGAUUAUAUGUAAAGAGAGAAGCUUAAACGCUGUUCAUGAAGUGGCACAGAGCUUAGAAGCAGAAAGUGGUGGAAUAUUAGUUGCAGUGGAAAGAGUCAGCAAGGGUUAUGCUAUUGUUGUAUAUCGUGGAAAGAAUUAUCAGCGGCCUGCUCUUUUGAGGCCUCCAACUCUCCUGAGUAAGAGGGAAGCAAUGAAGCGCUCUUUAGAGGCACAGCGUCGUGAGUCUUUGAAACUUCAUGUUUUGAGGCUUACCAGAAAUAUAAAUGACUUGAAACUAAAAUUGGCUAAAGAUGAGGAAGCACACAAUGCGCAGUCUUUUGAUGAAGUUAAGGAACAGAUGCACAGCGUGGAGUCAGCUAUACAUGUGAAAUCAGACUCUGAACUGAAUUCUGAUAAUCACUCAUUUUCAGGCAUUUCUUCUCAUUGCAAAGAGAAUGUAGGGCUAUUUAACGGGAAUGGAAUUGGUAGAAGCGAAUUUGAGUCUCUGUCUAUAUCACUGAGCAAGGAAAGUCAUGCAUCAGUAAACAUCAUUCAACCUGAUGAACAAGCUAGUCAAAUAAAUCCUUCUUUGCUAUAUGAUGGGAUCAGGAUUGGUAAAAAUGAACCUGAAUCUUCAUCUGAAUCAUUGAGCAAAGAAACCCAUGCAAGUCUAUUCACUGCUAUAAAUGGUGGAGCUGUUGAUUCCACUUCUUUUCCUAAUACCUCAAUGUCAGAGGAAAGGGGCUCUUAUCCCUGCGUUAGUGCUGAGAAUUGUGUGCAUGAAAAUAAGAUAAUGGGGUCAACAGUAGAAUCAACUACAACUGUGCUGGAAGAAUCAGUUUCAAUUUCCGCGAACGAGGAUAAUGAGAUGCAAUCCAGUACCAUUUGUCUUUCUAAUAGAGACAGGCUUAUGUUAAGAAAGCAAGCCCUCAAGAUGAAAAACCGCCCAGUGCUUGCAGUAGGGAGGAGCAACAUUGUCACUGGCGUUGCAAAAACAAUCAAAGCUCACUUUAAAAAAUAUCCUCUUGCAAUAGUAAAUGUCAAAGGCAGAGCCAAAGGGACUUCAGUCCAGGAAGUGGUUUUCCAGCUGGAGCAAGCUACAGGUGGGGUUUUAGUCUCUCAGGAGCCUAGCAAAGUCAUUCUUUACCGGGGCUGGGGUGCAUUUGAUGAACCUGGUCACAGAGGUAAGAAGAAUGCCCAUGAUUCAGGUAAAACAUCAGUGGUUAAAGAAGAAAGUUCUAGGCUUGGCAUGUCCCCUGAGCUCAUGGCUGCAAUCAGACUUGAAUGUGGCCUGCAGAAUAAGCAAGAACAGAAGCAAACUCCAUUAGCUGAAAUUUGAGGUAGUGCCAAAGGUAUUACCUGAUCCAUUAUAUUGUUUAUACCAGAGAUGUGUUAUGAGGGCAUGGUGAUAGGUUUCUCCCUCGUCUCCUUAAUUAGUUUUAUAUGCUGUAGGAGAGUGUUUAUCUCAGAUUUAUGAUAGUUCAGCCAUGGCAAUGCAUUGGACAUUCUUGCAUAAAAAAAGGAAGGGCAACAUCUCAAAGAAGUGAAAAAGUGCCGUUUCUGCGUGUUAAUCUGGUUCAUCCUAGAAUAACUGUCAAAGGUUCAUAACCAUCAGAUACCAUGCUUUACUUCUUACGCUUCUUAACAUUUACUUGUGGUCUUGCUUUUGCUCCUUCCCCACCUCGGUCAACGACUUAUAUUUACAUGCAGAUAAAGAUGUGUAAUCACAAUGCAUCUUAUUCUGUUCUAUGUCAAAAGCUAAUUUUGGUUUAAUAGUUUACUCCCAAUUCCAGCUGCAUAUGUUCAGACUAGUUGCCCAUCUUUAUGUUACAUAUGGUAGCAAUUAAUUUGAAAAUCAAGCAGUACCUGGCAUAAGCAGAAAUUCUCUGACAGAUUAAAGCGCCAUGUGAAAACCCUUGUCGGCUUCCAAGAUUCUCUCUCUACCUUUUGGGUUCAAAAUGGCUGAUCUUUUCCGACACAGGUGCAUGAGCUAAACUGAAAGGAAUUUUGUAUUCAGGUCCCUGCCUGCGUUCUUGAAGUCCUUUUCAAACACGUCUGCUAGGAAAGAAAUGACUGGAGGGAAGAUGACGAUACUCGAAACUUCAUCAUGUAAAAUUAUAUUUUGCCUUUUCAUGUUUCUUCAGUGGGAAUACAAUUACUGUACUACGAAGGUGGUAUGUAUUUGAUCAUUUAACAUCUAUAAAUGACAGGAUUAUACAUGUUAAUUUUCGGCUAA